AUGGAGAGCUAUUCAUCUCAAGUUGCAGGAGAGUAUGGCUUGGCUUCAGAUUCCGCUUCGCCUAUCGGUGUAGGCUACGGUGGCUCUGACCUGCAGCAGCAGCAGCAGCAGCAGCAGCAGGAGCAGCAGGGCGACCAGCAGCAGGAGAUCGACUUAGAAGAUACUUGGGCCGUUGUGGGGGCCUUCUUUGAAGGCAAAGGUCUGGUGUCUCAACAGGUAGAGAGUUUUAAUGAUUUCGCCAGUUAUAAACUCCAAGAAAUUAUUGAUGCCCAUCCCCCCAUUGAAAUCAGGCCUUCACCUCAGUACCGGCCUGAAGAAGACGUAGAGUUGGACGUACGAUAUCGUCUAAAGUUUAGCCAAUUAUCUUUGAACAGACCGGCAGCACAAGAGAAAGAAGGCAUGCAAAAGAAUCUCUGGCCUCAGGAGUCCAGGACUCGCAACUUAACUUAUAGUAGUUCUCUCUUCGUCUCCAUCGAACAAACAACUUAUAAGAUCGACCCCCUUACAAAUGAAGAAAUAGUGGAGGAGCGUCAUUCUUACGAACGCGUCUGUUUGGGUCGUUUGCCAAUAAUGUUAAAAUCUUUUUAUUGUUGGACCCACGACAUAUCUGCAGAACAGCUGCCUGAUGUAGGGGAGUGUAGCUACGAUCAAGGAGGGUAUUUUAUUAUCAAUGGAAGCGAGAAGGUGUUGGUAGCCCAAGAGCGAAUGGCGUCGAACUUCGUUUACGUCUUUAAGAAGGCUCAGCCGUCAAAAUUCUCCUGGGUAGCAGAAGUGAGGAGUCAGAUGCAGGGGAAUCAGGCGACGAGUGGCUUUGCAAUAAAAAAGAGAACAAUGACAGGAGAAACAGGAAGGGGAAAGGGGGCGGGCCAGUUGGUCGCUGCACUCCCGUACAUUCGCACAGAUAUACCCAUUGCAAUUCUAUUCAGAGCGCUGGGCUGUGUGAGCGACUUGGACAUAUUAUUGCGGGUUGCGUACGACACACGGGACGAGCAGUUGUGUGCCUUAUUGAAGCCUUCUUUGGAAGAAGGAUUUGAAUUCCAUAGUCAGGAGGCGUGUUUAGAUUAUAUAGGAAAGCGUGGUCCUACAGUGGGUGCGCAGCGAGAGAGCCGCUUGCAAUAUGCACGGGAGUUAUUACGAAAAGAAGUGCUGCCCCAUGUUGGUACGGAGGCGGGUUGCGAAGGAAAGAAAGCGUAUUUCGUUGGUUAUAUGGUUCAUCGUUUGUUACUUGCGGAGUUGGGGAGAAUCAACCAAGAUGAUCGCGACCACUUUGGGAAGAAAAGGCUCGAUUUAAGCGGCCCUUUAAUGGCUGCUUCUUUCGGUUCAUUAUUCAGAAAACUUGUCAAAGAUGUCACGCGCAUCUUGCAACGCCAAAUAGAUCAUGGAAAAACUUUCGAUGUAGCGGGUGCUGUAAGAAGCGCUAGCCCUAUUACACAGGGCCUUCAGUAUCAACUUGCUACAGGUAACUGGGGUCGCGAUAGAGAAGGAAAAGUUGUGCGGACCGGGGUAUCUCAGGUGUUGAAUCGUCUAACGUUCUCUUCUGCUCUCUCGCACUUACGCCGACUCAAUACGCCUCUAGGAAGAGAAGGAAAGAUGGCGAAACCCAGACAACUCCAUAAUACGCACUGGGGAAUGAUCUGCCCUGCAGAGACACCCGAAGGCCAGGCAGUGGGACUUGUGAAAAAUUUGGCUCUGAUGGCUAAAAUAUCUGUCGGAGCGCCAACGAAAAACAUCAGAGAUUUCCUUGAAGACUGGGGAUUAGAUGGGUUGGAUGAGAUCUCUCCUGAGAGCAUUAAAGACAGAUGCAAAGUGUUUAUAAAUGGGGAUUGGGCCGGCUGCUUCGAUGAAGCAGAAACCUUGUGCAACACUUUAAAAGAAAUCCGAAGGAAAGGACACAUCCGAAACGAUACCUCCAUCGUUAGAGACAUCAUCAAUCGUGAGGUGAAGAUAUUUACGGAUGCAGGUCGGGCCAUGAGGCCUCUCUACGUCGUUGACAGUGAGACAGGGGAGCUGCGAAUAAGAAAAGGAGAUGUUGAUAAAGUGCGACUAAUGGCGGGAACGUCAGAAAAAGGAGCAGGUUGGAACCACCUGAUGGCCAGCGGUGUUAUUGAAUAUAUUGAUUGCGAGGAAGAAGAAACAUCCAUGGUGGCGAUGUUCCACAAGGAUCUGGUUGAGAAGGGAAAGACCAUCCCUUACACGCACUGCGAGAUUCACCCUUCUCUGAUAUUGGGUGUCUGCGCAUCUAUAAUUCCAUUUCCAGACCACAAUCAGUCUCCCCGUAAUGUUUAUCAAAGUGCAAUGGGCAAGCAGGCGAUGGGGGUGUAUACAACGAAUUUCAACUUGCGUCUAGACACCCUAGCGCAUUUGUUGUACUAUCCACAAAAGCCUCUUGUGUGUACACGUGCGAUGGAACACCUCAAGUUUCGCGAAUUGCCUGCUGGCAUCAACACGAUCGUCGCUAUUUUAUGUUACUCUGGGUAUAAUCAAGAGGAUUCCUUGAUUAUGAACCGCAACAGCAUCGACAGGGGCCUCUUCAGAAGCCUCUUCUGCCGCACCUACUGCGCAGAAGAAAAACAGCAAGGCUCUCUUGUGGUUGAGGGCUUCGAACAGCCAAACCCAGAAACAACCUCCGGAAUGAAAAGAGGCGACUACUCCAAACUCGAUACAGAUGGACUUGUUGAACCGGGGUCCAGAGUGCUAGGAGAUGAUGUCAUCGUUGGGAAAGUGCGUCAACGCUGA